AUGAAGUGCACAACUGCAACCGGGUGCCAGCUCAUCGUUCUUGUACUUGCAGGCUUCGCCUCGGCCAGCGCAAUCGAUCAUGCCAAUCGUCGCCGCGCCCCUGCAUAUGGUACUCUAGCUGAGUGUCUCAUGAAGGAGGUACCUGGAUUCGACAAAAAUUCUAUGGUCUCCAUCCAGGCGCUCCGAGCUUGUAAGGACAAUAUGCAAAAGCGAGAGGUGAUGGAAACGGAGGAAGCAGAGGAAGACGCUGCCAAUUAUAUCAUCGAUGGAGGGAAACCCAACGUCAAAGUAGCUUAA